AUGACGACUAAGACCAUCCAUGGGAACUCGCACUUCCAGAAGCCUCCCUCUCUACGCUGGACGCGAGAGUCACCCGGUGGAGGGUACUGUAAUGAAAUAGAACGGAUCAUCGUCAAUAAAAGGUUCUGCCUGACGGAUGUCGCCGUUGUACCAAAGUUCUAUACGGGAUCGGACCAUCGCCUCCUCCGAGGAAAAUUUUCCUUCACAAGGAGAGCAGAGAAAGCCGCCAAGUUCAGAGAGAGAAAUCCCAGGACUACCAUCAACUGGGAUCUCUUCGCUACGCUAGCCAGCUUUUGGGAAGAUUCCGCAAUGGACAACAUCGACGAGGAAUAUGAUCGGCUUCUUGAACACCUUCACGACUGCGCGAAGAAGGCUGAGAGUUUUAAAACCACCAAGAGACGCCUGUCUCUUGAAACUCUUGAGCUGAUACGCCAGCGUGGAGCAGCAUGA